AUGUCCGACUCGGAUUCUUCCCACGCGCCUGAAAAAGGUUCCCUUUCAGACUCGUCGCUAGAAAAGUCCUUGCGCCAGCAAGUCAUCAAGGCGCAAAAAGCUGGACAGGACAUCAUAGUCAAUGCGAUUCGUGCCGCCUCGGAAAACGCUCUAGGCCUUGAGCUCGGCUUCUUCAAGAAUCACGAUACAUGGAGUAGUAGAAGCAAGCAGAUCAUCCGCGACCAAAAUGAUAUUGAACCACCACAAAGCCCUAGUCCUUUACCUGCCGCUCCCUCGACCAAAGCCACCCAAAAGCGAACCUCGGAGGAAAGAGAUGCAUGGCCUCGCAAGAGAAAGAAAACACUCGCGAAGCCAGCUGAGGAGUCCACCUUCGAUGAAUUGUCUUCACCACCGAGCGACGAUGACAGUGAGAGCUAUGAUGAGAGGCCCCCAAAAAUGCAAAAGCAGAAGCAGAAGCAGAAGCAGAAGCAAAAACCACAGCCCAAGAGUCCUGCAAAACCCACGACCCUCAAUAAACGCAAAAAAUCGCGGGCCGCCAAAUCACCAAGCGACGAUGAACUGGAUUCGUCUUCACCUUCGAGUGAGGUCGAUCACUCCGAGAGUGUGACUGUGAAGGCGCGGAAGGUAACCAAGUCGGAUUCGACAUCGAUAAAGACCAAAUCAAAGUCUGAACCUGUCAAGCAGUCACGAUUGGUGGUGGAUGUCAGAGACAACAACGAUCAGACUACUCCAAAGACGUUGGAGCUAGACGAUGGCUCUGAUAGUGACCUUUCUUCCCUGAUAGACGAGGCGCCUGUUGCUCAGAAGAAACAAAAGGUGCAAAAGUCUUCUCACCAGUCCAAUCAGAACAAGAAACAAUCAAGGCCCAGAUCUCAGGCUAAAACUGACGCUGAUCUCGACCCUGAUCAAGCGGAGAUCAAACGAUUACAAGGGUGGCUGACCAAGUGCGGCAUCCGCAAGAUGUGGUACAAAGAACUCCAACCAUACGACACAUCGCGGGCCAAAAUCAAGCAUCUGAAAGAUAUGCUCAGCGAAGCUGGGAUGACAGGCCGCUACUCGAUUGAGAAGGCCAAUCAGAUCCGAGAUGCGAGAGAGCUAGCAGCCGAUAUCGAAGACGUCCAGGCAGGGGCUGAGCGAUGGGGGAAAGAUGGAGAAACAGGUCAAGAUCGAGGUCGCAACGGACCUGGAGAAGAGGCGAAAUCGGGCCGACGCUUGGUGCGCGGAUCUAGAAAUUAUGACUUUCUGAGUAGUGGCGGGGAGGAGACCGAUUGA